AUGUCCGCCAGUGCCGUCUACGUGCUGGACCUGAAGGGCAAGGUGCUCAUCUGCCGGAACUACCGCGGCGACGUGGACAUGUCAGAGGUGGAGCACUUCAUGCCCAUCCUGAUGGAGAAGGAGGAGGAGGGCGUGCUGUCGCCCAUCCUGGCCCACGGGGGAGUACGCUUCAUGUGGAUCAAGCACAACAACCUGUAUCUGGUCGCCACCUCCAAGAAGAACGCAUGCGUGUCACUGGUGUUCUCCUUCCUCUAUAAGGUGGUGCAGGUAUUUUCAGAAUACUUCAAGGAGCUGGAGGAGGAGAGCAUUCGAGACAACUUCGUCAUCAUCUACGAGCUGCUGGACGAGCUCAUGGACUUCGGCUACCCCCAGACCACAGACAGCAAGAUCCUACAGGAGUACAUCACUCAGGAAGGCCACAAGCUGGAAACGGGGGCCCCGCGGCCCCCGGCCACUGUCACCAACGCAGUGUCCUGGCGCUCCGAGGGCAUCAAGUACCGGAAGAAUGAGGUGUUCUUGGAUGUCAUCGAGUCCGUCAAUCUCUUGGUCAGCGCCAACGGGAACGUCCUGCGCAGUGAGAUCGUAGGCUCCAUCAAGAUGCGCGUUUUCCUGUCUGGCAUGCCCGAGCUGCGCCUGGGCCUCAACGACAAGGUCCUCUUCGACAACACGGGCCGUGGCAAAAGCAAGUCCGUGGAGCUGGAGGACGUGAAGUUCCACCAGUGCGUGCGGCUGUCGCGCUUUGAGAAUGACCGCACCAUCUCCUUCAUCCCACCCGACGGCGAGUUCGAGCUCAUGUCCUACCGCCUCAACACCCACGUCAAGCCCUUGAUCUGGAUCGAGUCCGUGAUUGAAAAGCAUUCCCACAGCCGCAUCGAGUACAUGAUCAAGGCCAAGAGCCAGUUCAAGCGGCGAUCAACAGCCAACAACGUGGAAAUCCACAUCCCUGUCCCCAAUGAUGCUGACUCACCCAAGUUCAAGACGACAGUGGGGAGCGUCAAGUGGGUGCCCGAGAAUAGUGAGAUCGUGUGGUCCAUCAAGUCCUUCCCGGGCGGCAAGGAGUACCUGAUGCGGGCCCACUUUGGCCUGCCCAGCGUGGAGGCAGAAGACAAGGAGGGCAAGCCCCCGAUCAGCGUCAAGUUCGAGAUCCCCUACUUCACUACCUCUGGCAUCCAGGUGCGUUACCUGAAGAUCAUUGAGAAGAGUGGCUACCAGGCCUUACCGUGGGUCCGUUAUAUCACUCAGAACGGAGAUUACCAGCUCCGGACGCAGUGA